UUGCAUCUGGAGAACGGAGGAAUUCUUACGGGCAGAUUCACUCUCCCGACAGAGCAGGCCAGCACGCCCAUUCCUCUUCUCGUCUGCUUGCACGGAGGCAGCUAUGAUUCCGAGUAUUUCGAUGCCAGUGAGAGUCUGAGUAUCUCUCGAAUCUCAAAGCAAUUCAGAGCUCCGGUGAUCGCCAUUGACCGACCAGGUUACGGGGGCAUCCAUCAUGUCCCACCCGCAACCCCUGACUCUGACUUGACCUACGCCCAGCAGCAAGGCAAGUACAUCAAUGGGGUACUUCUUCCUGCUAUCUGGAGAGAAUAUGGCGAGAGAUCAAAUUCGGCCAUAGUGCUGCUUGCGCAUUCCAUCGGCGCCAUGAUGGCCACCAUCACCGCUGGUUGCUACACGAGGACUGAGGGAUAUCCACUAGCUGGGCUGAUCACCUCUGGUCUGAUUGAACCUGAUGCGGAAUUUGUCUUAUUCGAUCCGGCUAUCAAGGACAGAUCGAUGCUCCAGCUCCCAGGCAUGGACUUGGUCUCGCCGGAUGUGGCUGAACUGACGGCUGGCUUAAACAAGCCAACGCCCAUCGGAGAGCUUAUUGAUAUCAACAAGACGUGGCUCGGCUAUUGGCAUGAAUAUUCGCAUGCUGUCAGAGUUCCGCUCAUGUAUGGAACCAGUGAAUUUGAUGAGUUAUGGAAGUCGACGACGGAGGCACUUGAGAAAUAUCGUCAAGCUUUCCCAUCGAGCAAUGGAGAAUUCAAUGCUGUUAAGAAUGCGCCGCAUUGCAUCGAGCUGAGCUACCAAUGCGAUCUGUGGCUAAGGAAAUGUUUUGACUUUGCCUUUCGAUGCAUAGUGCAGUACGAGGGCAGGAGAUAA